AGGUGCCUGGCCCUGAAAGUUCGGCCUCUCUCAGCUGAAAUUCUUGCCCCGAGACGGGCACGGCUGGGAGAACUUAAGUGUAUCUCUGGGUUCCUCCGGCUAGCGCGCAGCGUUUCCUCCUUGCAGGCUGGCUGGCUGCCCGUCCUGCCCGCCCCUUCCCUUCUGCAGGGCCCGGCCCGGCAACCGCGCUCUUCCCAGGCGCUCCGCUUUGCGCCCGCUCUUCCGACGGCUCCGCUUGUCUGCUAAGGAGGCGGCACAGCCGGCCAAGGGAGAGUGUCGUCCGCCUCCUCCCGCUGCUCAGCUCCCACCCCGUCGGAUCCGAGUCUCCCUCGGGCAGCAAACGAGGAGAGAGAAGCCGAGCGGGGACCCAGGCGUCCGGCAGCCCAGUCUCCAGGAGCCCGGCCAUGGGCAGGAGGCGAGAGGGGGCGCGCAUGGGCCCUACCUCGGGAUUCCCUGCGCGCAGGAGCUCCUGGCUGGCGGCGCUCCUAGCAGCCUCCAUCCUGAGUUCCUGCUUCCUGCUAACUCAAGCCCAGGACAUUCACGUUACGAUGGAACCAUCACAGCCAUUAGAAGGUCAAGAUGUCACUCUGACCCCAGGAGGACCACCCGACUUUCUUGUAUGCACGUGGUAUCGAGGAGAAGAAGCUGGAAAAAAACGGAUCUUUACCUAUAUUCCAUCUCCAAAUCCUAUGCAGCAGAAUGGCCCGGCCUCUACCGGACGGGAGACCGGAGGUCCUGGCUGUUCCCUCCACAUCAGGAGUCUGUUACUGAAUGACACUGGAAACUAUAUAGUGUCAAAGUUUAUGACUGAUCGUACUGAAAGAGGGCGUGCACAUGUAGAAGUCUUAGAAUAGUGUUUCGCAAAUGUAGCAGCUUAACAGAUAUCCCAAAGAGGGACUCCUCGAAGGAAAGCUGCAGACGAAGCCUGAUGGCGUUUGCCGGCAUAGAAACUGGCCAGGAGACAUCUGCUUGGGAAUAGCACAAUUUAAUAGCAGCAACAAUCCAUCUGGACAAAGACUGUGUGGAGACUGUAAGGCCAUUAAGCUGUCCAGAAGAGGCCAUUUGGACUUAUGAAAACUUUUUGUUCUAUGUAAAUAAAACAAAGAGAGCUCUUCUAACAUCCA